AAUGACAGUCUGUUGAUAUGAGGGCCUGUGGAUAAAGCUUUACAACACCUGCAGGAAGAUGAGGCAGAACAUGUUCCAGGAGGGGCUCUACCAUGUGUUUUUUAAGGAGACACCCUCACCCCACCCACUGACCCAGGUUACCAAUCAAGUAGAGCUAAACAAUGCCAGGAUACAUCGUUGGUUUGGAGCUGUGGUUAAUACCAGACUCUUAGUCACUGGGGUGGUUCAAGUCCUCAGUGGCUUAGCUUGCAUAUUAACCACAGUCACCCAUGCAUGUGUGAGCUACAACUGUUCUGUCUCCAUGACAGCACCAGUGUGGUCAAGCCUGCUUUAUGUGGCCUCUGGUUUUCUGGCAAUGGAGGUUCAGAGGAAAGCUAAUAAAAUAAAGAUCAUCACCCUGAUGGGUCUGAACAUUUUCAGUCUGCUAUUUGGAUUUUCUGCUCUCCUGGCCAACAGCUUCUGGUCCACACAGCCUGUGAUACUUGCCACUAACCAACAGCGUGCUGGCUCAUAUGUUGCAAAGGGGAGCUCCAUAGCAUUUACUGUACAGUGUUCUCUGGCUUCAAUCUACAUACUUUUUCUGUCCUGGAGGGGCCUGCGUCGCUACAGUCCUCCCUACAUUCAGGCCUACAGCCGAGUCUCACAGGAUCCCGAUGAAACCAAUGGGCCGCUGCUGGAACAAGGGGAAUUUAGUCUGUAA